AUGAGAGAAAGUUUGUGUUUUUUUCAAUUUUUCAAAAGGAAAAAACUUGAAACCUGAAACCUAGGGUCAUUUUCAGAGUUCAAAAAACUUAAAAUGCAUAGUUAUUAUACUGAAAAAGUUAGUUUAUAACUUAAAGUUUUGAAAAUGUUUUUCUUCCCUGCCUUUCACUGGAAUUCAGGAUAAGUUCAGUUGAAAUCAUAGCCAAUUUCAACCGUUGUUUUCCAGAAGAUUAUAUCGACUACAUUUAUGAUAUUACAAUCGCAUAUCCUUAUAAUAUUGUUCAAUCCGAAGUUGAUUUGGUUCUGAAAGGUUCUGCACCCAAAGAAGUUCAUUUUCAUGUCAAAAAAAUACCGAUCGGACAAGUUCCUCUCAGUGAUUCAGAUGUGCAAAAAUGGUUGAAUGAGUGAGUUUUUUAUUUUGAAGGUUUGAAAAAGGGCUUCUGCCAGUCCCAGGUUAUUUUUAACGAAAAACGUUAAUAUUGUGAACCUUUUUUCCGAAUGUAAACAAAAUUAGUAAAUCAUUUCAGUCGCUGGCUUAUCAAAGAACAAGUUUUGCACAAUUUCUACAGUGAAGAACAACCAAUAAAUCGACAAUUUCCAAUUGAAAGAGGAGAUGGUGUUUGGAGAAGUGUUAGUUGUUUUUUUUUCAAAUUUUUAUUCAAAAACAAGUUUUUUUCAGUGGAAAGAGUCAAAGUUGCAUAUAUUUGUUAAAAUCACUGCUCUGAUGUUCUGGUAUACUGUAAUUUCAGCGUGUAUUUAUCAUAUUUGGUUUGUUCGAAGUUUACAGGUUAGUUUUUCUCCUGGGUUGGUUUUCACUGUGAAAGUCAUUUUCUAGAUUGGCUUCUCUUAUUUUUUCAUCGUCAGCUUUAUUCUGAAUCUCGGUUAUGGUGGAAUUGAUAAGUUUAUUAUUCAAAGUUGGCAAAAAUCAGUCCGAAAUUAA